ACGCCCCCUCCCCUCCUCCCGGCCUCAGCAGCCUAGCUCGGCCGCCCGGCGGUGUCCCCUCGCGCGGUCUCCUCCUCCUCCUGGGCCCCAGCGCAGCCGAGAGCCCCGCGCGGAGGAGCGGGGGGCGCCGCGCACUCGUACGCCACGCGCCGCGGCGGGACCAGCCCCGGGGGGCGCCCCCGGCGCGCCUCCCUCCGCGAGCCCGCCGCGCUCCCCUCCCCCCCGCCGGUGUCCCCAGGGCUCCGGGCCGCGCGUCCAGCCCCAGACGCGCGGGGGGUCCCCGAGGAGGGGCCAGCCCGGCCGCGGCGCGGCGAUGGAGGAGCCGCAGCGCGCCCGCUCGCAUACCGUCACCACCACUGCCAGCUCCUUCGCCGAGAACUUCUCCACCAGCAGCAGCAGCUUCGCCUACGACCGGGAGUUCCUCCGCACCCUGCCCGGGCUCCUCAUCGUGGCGGAGAUCGUUCUGGGACUGCUGGUGUGGACGCUGAUUGCUGGAACCGAGUACUUCCGGGUCCCUGCGUUUGGCUGGGUCAUGUUCGUAGCUGUAUUUUACUGGGUCCUCACCGUCUUCUUCCUCAUCAUCUACAUUACAAUGACCUACACCAGGAUUCCCCAGGUGCCCUGGACAACGGUGGAAGACGUAAUCUGGUGCAUUUAUUACGGUCUGUGCUUUAAUGGCAGUGCCUUCGUCUUAUACCUCUCAGCAGCUGUGGUGGACGCAUCUUCUGUCUUCCCCGAGAGGGACAGCCACAAUUUCAACAGCUGGGCAGCCUCAUCGUUCUUUGCCUUUUUGGUUACCAUCUGCUAUGCUGGAAACACAUAUUUCAGUUUUAUAGCUUGGAGAUCCAGGACCAUACAGUGAUUUGCCAUUUUGAGAAUUUUUAAAGAAAGGAGAAAACAAGAAGAAUCUCACUGUAAAAAACAACAACAACAACAAACUGUAGGUAUAAUGUAUAUUUCCAGAGAAUUGUAUUUAACUAAUGUUUUUAUAUACUUAGUUAAAUUUGCUCACAGUGGUUUGUUACAAUUAAACUGGAUACUUACUUGCAAAUUGUUGUAGCUUAUAAUGAACUCUUAAAUAUCUUGUUGAUGUCUCCAUGGACCUUAUUUUCUUAGACAAUGUAUAAAUAGGUAAAUUGCUGAUGUUACGACUGUGUCAAGUUUGUAAACUUAACUUUUAAAAUGCCAGAUUCUUUUCUGAAUUAAAUGUUUCAAAAUCUGG